AUGGACUCGACUCAGCCGAAAAAUGCCUCCAAACAGGCUUGCGACAAUUGUCGCCGCCGAAAGAUCAAAUGCUCCCGCGACCUGCCGUGUGAUAAAUGCAACCGUUUGCUUUUGAACUGCUCAUACAGUGAUACUCUGCGUCGCAAAGGCCCCAAGUUUCGCACGCUGUAUCCUCUUGCGCCAAGUCAUCCCCUAUCACUACCACCACCUCCGGCACCAGUUCCUGAAGAUACGAGGACCGCACACGGCGCGUACAACGAUUAUGCACCACAAGAUGCACCAGCGUCCCUAUCAGCACCAUCGUCAUUCUUCCAGUAUCAACAUCAAUUUCAGUUUCAACCCCUCCAGAUCGUCCCCUCCCCACCCGACUCCUCGACCGAUUCGGACUACUCCAGCAAUAUCCGGCCGUAUGCGCGACGAUUAACGUCGCCUAUUCUCCUCGCGCACGUCAAUGUCUUCCUCAAAUAUUUAUUUCCAAUUAUGCCGGUCGUGCGUCGCGAGGAGUUACAGCGUGAUAGCCAUCAUCCAGAGCGAGUGUCGGCGGAGCGGUAUGCGUUUUUGGCAGCGCUGUGUGCGGCGACGCAUAUACAAUUGAAUUUGGACGGAGGACCAGCGUCGGAUGCUACCGCAGUUGAUGGAAGGAGAUUGAUGUCCGGGGAAGAAUUACUCGCGGAGGCAGUGCGUGCACGAAAUGAAUGCGAUGUAGUCGAAGAUAUGAACGUGGAGAGUCUCUUGACAUCGCUAUUCCUGUUCGCAUCAUACGGUAAUCUGAAUAAACAAAAUCAAGCCUGGUUUUACCUCUGCCAAGCGACUUCUAUGGUCUUCACCCUAGGCCUACACCGUGAAUCAACAUACUCGAGUCUAAACAUCGAAGAUGCAGAGGAAAAACGACGAGUCUUCUGGCUACUCUUUGUUACCGAACGUGCUAAAUGGAGAAGAGGAUAUGCCCUCCAACAAUCGAGACCUGUCAUGCUGCGCAACUCGAUCCAAAAACCACAGGUCCUCGGCGCCGACGAUCCAAUCUUAGCAUAUGGCUUCAUAAACCUCAUCAAUCUGUUUGAAAAACUCACCGUCAGUCUUUAUGACUGGUUAUCUGCUGGAGGCAGUGACGAGGACCAACUCCCAACACCAGCUUCAUCGAUCCAAUCUAGUCUCUGUAAUGCACCUAUCGCUUCGCUACAGGGUGUGCUCGAGAUCCAGCAGGUGGAUAUUCUCAUCACGCAGCAGUGGCUACAGGCUAUGAUGUGGAAGCUUUCCAGAUAUGGUCCGGAUGCUGGCAAAAGCGAUGGCAGGGCAAUGCUUCCCUUCUACCUCCCCAUUGUUGUUGGAAAAGCUGUGAUGGGCGUCAUCGGAGCAGCAUCGCAGGGUGCCGUUGACGCACACGGGAUCGGAAUGGAACAAAAACUCUUCGACCUAGGCAUGGCCCUGACAAACCUCACAACCACAACCACAACCCCCGUUUCCCAAUCAUCCAAAACCCCCAUUUCAAACACGGACAGCCGCGAGCUACUCUGGGGCAUUCUGAAUACAUUAUCGCGCAUCAGGGGUUCGCAGUCGUAUCUCUUCCCGAAAUUACUAGAACAGUCCAAAUCCGUAUUAGGAGUUGAUUGUUCUAUUACUGUUGGAAAUUUUUUGCCGGAUCUUGCGCCUGCCCCAGUUGCCAACACAGCUACUGUUGGUGCUGAGACACCGGUAUGGGCGGAUGAUAAGAGGGAUUGGGUGGAUUGAUGAUUUCAUGACAUUAUGGGAAUAUAGAUGUAUGUAUACGUACCGUUUUUGUUGAAAUCAUUGUAGAUUUCCUCUUUCGCAGCAAUGGUUCGUGGAAAGAAAAGUAUUGGAUGACCUUGAAUGACGACAUCAUUCAACAUACUUCAGCCUACUAUAUAGUAGUAUAGGCUACCACCACCACCACCACCACAUGAACCAGUA